UUAUGACACUUAUAGUGUCAUUUUGCCUUUCAUUUUUAAAGUAGUGGAUCUCUGAUUUAAAAUUUAUUUUUAAAUGAAUGGGACGUUGGAAACUCUUAGGAUGACGAUCCAUUGUUUAAUAUGUACAUAUCGCGGUGUGCUUUCAUGACAUGUCAUAACGGUUGCUAAUCCAAAUAGGCCAAGAGCACCUAUAAAGAGAAUCGAUUCCAAAUUUCCCUCUUAAAUUAUUAUUUAUCGUUUAAAUUCGGACAUUAACAGCGUUCCCACUUGCGACUCCCACGCUCUCCACCCACACGCGCCGGUCUCCAAAUUAGGCGGGAAGACGGAAGAGCUCGAACCCUAGAAUUCUAUUUCAUCCUCAAUUUCAACUGCAAUUUGAUCUCUCUCCGAAAAUGGGCAUCAAGGGGCUGACGAAGCUACUGGCGGACAAUGCCCCGAAGGCGAUGAGGGAGCAAAAGCUGGAGAGCUACUCUGGCCGGAGGAUGGCCAUCGAUGCCAGCAUGAGCAUCUAUCAGUUCCUCGUUGUGGUUGGGAGGAAGGGGACUCAGAUGCUCACCAAUGAGGCUGGUCAAGUCACCAGUCAUCUGCAAGGCAUGCUUUACCGGACGAUUAGGCUGUUGGAAGCGGGGAUACAGCCAGUCUACGUGUUUGAUGGUAAACCUCCUGAUUUGAAGAAGCAAGAGCUUGCAAAACGUUUUUUGAAGGGGGCAGAUGCCUCUGAGGAGUUGGCAUUAGCCAUUGCGUCUCAGAACAAGCAAGACAUAGAGAAAUUCAGUAAAAGAACUGUGAAGGUGACACAACAGCACAAUGAAGAUUGCAAAAGACUACUAAGACUUAUGGGUGUCCCACUAGUUGAGGUUACUAUUCUGUCUGAAAAGUUUGCUGCACUUUGCAAAGCUGGAAAGGUUUAUGCAGUUGCUUCUGAAGAUAUGGAUUCCCUUACUUUUGGAGCUCCUAGAUUUCUUCGCCAUUUUAUGGAUCCCAGCUCAAGAAAAGUUCCAGUCAUGGAAUUUGAAAUUUCCAGGAUCUUGGAAGAGAUGAAUCUGGAUAUGGAUCAAUUCUCUUAUCUUGUCCCCCGACUUGUAAGCAAAAUAAGGCAGCAAAGUUUCUCACUGUAA